UUAUUUUUGUUGAAUAUGCUACAAUCGUCAUAUAAAAGAGACACACAUGGUGAAGAAUACAGAUGGGCAUGGACAUGGACACUUAUUUGACAGAUAAUUAUUUUUGAUCAUUUGGAGCUUAUGGGUUCUAUUUUAUGCUGUUAUCUGUAGAGCCUUCUCCAACUACUGGGUCCCUUACCAAGCUUCCAAUGGCACACGACUCUUCAAGUUCAGCUAUUUAUCCAAUGACCACCAUGGAUUUUUCAAAUACUAAUGCCUCAGAUGCAGGAAAAUCAAGCUACUUUGAGUUCAAACCAUAUGUUGGACCAAAUAUGGUUCCUGCAGAUUUGAGACAUAGGAAAGGUGAACAAUCUAGAGAAGUUAAAGUUCAAGGGCAACCUCAACCAUGUACUGCUCCUCCCAUGACUAAAAGUGAGAUCAAUGUCAUCUCAAAUGAUUUGAGUCGAUCAACCCCUAUGGAUACAGUUGCCCUAGGGGCUAGUGUUCCUGAAGUUGAUGGAAUUGAUUUCAAUCAUAGUUUGAACACAAAUACCAGGGCUCAACCCCCACAAUCUGAUCCAAAAGGCAGUGGUAUUCCAGUAGUUUCUGAUAGGCUAUCUGAUGAUGGAUAUAACUGGCGAAAAUAUGGACAGAAGCAUGUUAAAGGGAGUGAAUUUCCGCGUAGCUAUUAUAAAUGUACACAUCCUCACUGUGAAGUGAAAAAGCUCUUUGAGCGCUCUCAUGAUGGACAGAUAACUGAUAUUAUCUAUAAGGGUACCCAUGACCACCCUAAACCUCAGCCAAGUCGGCGAUAUACUGCCAGUGCUUCUGUGAAUGUGCAAGAAGAUGGGUCUGAUAAGCCUUCCCCUUUAACUGGCCAAGAUGACAAGGCAUGCGGCAUAUAUGCUCAAACGGUCCAAACCAUUGAGCCAAAUGGAACUCCAGAACCACCCCUUGUUGCAAAUGAUAAGUUCGCUGAAGGUGCAGGAACAACUCUGCCAUGCAGGAGUCAUGAUGAAGUUGAGGACGAUGACAUAUUUGCAAAGCGGAGGAAAAUGGAACUUGGUGGUUUCGAUGUCUGCCCAAUGGUUAAGCCAAUCAGGGAACCGCGUGUCGUGGUUCAAACUCUGAGUGAGGUUGAUAUACUGGAUGAUGGGUAUCGCUGGCGCAAAUACGGCCAGAAGGUAGUGAGAGGAAACCCCAACCCAAGGAGCUAUUACAAGUGCACAAACGUUGGAUGCCCUGUUAGAAAACAUGUCGAAAGAGCAUCCCACGACCCAAAAGCUGUUAUAACCACAUACGAGGGGAAGCAUAAUCACGACGUUCCUACUACAAAAACUAGUAGCCAUGACAUUGCAGGCCCACCGACAAUUGCACCAUCGAGGUAUAGACUAGAAGAGAGUGACACCAUAAGCCUUGAUCUCGGGGUUGGCCUUGGCACUGGCAUGGGUGGUGAGAAUAGACCAAACGAAUACAGGCAGGCAUUGCAUUCUCAACUUGUUGAAAACCAAACUCCAAACGGAAAUUUCAACUUCGAAGAAGCUCAAGAAAACCCAGCCCCAACAUACUUUGGUGUUCUUAAUAGAGGCAUAAACCAGCAUGGAUCAAGAGAGAGUUUGAGCGAAAGCCACAGCAUCGAGAUUGCUCCUCUAAAUCAUUCAUCGCACCCAUAUCCAUCAACCAUUGGGAGAAUACUAACAGGUCCAUAAGUUUCAGUCAAGCCAUAAAGACGAGACGAGACGCUGCCAUUUUUUAUUUCCUAUAUUGUUUUCUUUUUCACAUGGAUGGUUUAGGACGAAAGUGAAUAUGUGGAAUAUUAGAGUUUUAUGUUUGGCCUCUGUUGUUUCUGAGCUUCUGCUGGGGUUAACCGCCUGCCUUCUAACUUGUCAGUCAAUACAUGUACAAAUAUGAUAUGAACCAUCUGGUAUUAUUUGUUACACACAAGAUGUAUCUUUACAAUGUAAUUCAAAUACUGGAAGUAUAAGUAUUAUCCAACAACUCUUACUUUUCAUUCUUA